UCUCCUCCGGCCCCUGCCCACUCUUCGGCAGCUCCAGGCCCACCGGAAUCCCGUGGACUACAAGUCCCAGUACGCUUCGAGCACUCAGCUCGGACUGCACGUGCGCAUCCAGCUGCCCGCCGGAAGGACACAGCCUGGCUGUGUUUAUCUCGUUGGGGACGGAGUCGUCGGUUGGCGCGCAACGGGUUCUAGGCUGCAGGCAGCGCGAGGACCCGCGGCCCCGCCCCGGCCCGGCCUGGCAGGUAGCAGAGGCAGCAGGCCGUGCCGGGGGGGCAUGUUGCUGUAACCAGAGGCCCAGGGGAUGUUACGGUGGACAGUGCACCUGGAGGGCGGGCCCCGCAGGGUGAACCAUGCUGCAGUGGCCGUGGGGCACCGGGUGUACUCCUUCGGGGGUUACUGCUCAGGCGAAGACUAUGAGACGCUGCGUCAGAUUGAUGUGCACAUUUUCAACGCAGUGUCCUUACGUUGGACGAAGCUGCCCCCGGUGAGGCCCGCCGCCCGCGGGCAGGCUCCCGUGGUACCCUACAUGCGGUAUGGACACUCAACCGUCCUCAUCGAUGACACAGUCUUCCUUUGGGGCGGGCGGAAUGACACCGAAGGGGCCUGCAAUGUGCUCUAUGCCUUUGACGUCAAUACUCACAAGUGGUCAACACCCCGAGUGUCAGGAACGGUUCCUGGGGCCCGGGAUGGACAUUCGGCUUGUGUCCUGGGCAAGACCAUGUACAUUUUUGGGGGCUACGAGCAGCUGGCCGACUGCUUUUCCAAUGACAUCCACAAACUGGAUACCAGCACCAUGACAUGGACCCUGAUCUGUACAAAGGGCAACCCUGCACGCUGGAGGGACUUCCACUCGGCCACAAUGCUGGGCAGUCACAUGUAUGUCUUUGGGGGCCGGGCCGACCGUUUUGGGCCAUUCCAUUCCAACAAUGAGAUUUACUGCAACCGCAUUCGUGUGUUUGACACGAGGACCGAGGCCUGGCUGGACUGUCCACCCACCCCAGUGCUACCUGAGGGGCGCCGGAGCCACUCAGCCUUUGGCUACAACGGGGAGCUGUACAUUUUUGGUGGCUAUAACGCAAGGCUGAACCGGCACUUCCAUGACCUCUGGAAGUUUAACCCUGUGUCGUUUACUUGGAAGAAGAUUGAACCUAAGGGGAAGGGGCCAUGUCCCCGCCGGCGCCAGUGCUGCUGUAUUGUUGGUGACAAGAUUGUCCUCUUUGGGGGCACCAGUCCGUCUCCAGAGGAAGGCCUAGGAGAUGAAUUCGACCUCAUAGAUCAUUCUGACUUACACAUUUUGGACUUUAGCCCUAGUCUGAAGACUCUGUGCAAACUGGCUGUGAUUCAGUACAACCUGGACCAGUCCUGUUUGCCCCAUGACAUCAGGUGGGAGCUGAAUGCCAUGACCACCAACAGCAAUAUCAGUCGCCCCAUCGUCUCCUCCCAUGGGUAGGAGGAUGUCUCUGCCACCUUCCUUCCUGAGCCUGCUGUUGUCUUCACUGCCCCUGCUCAUCUCUUCCCCCGCCUGCCCCUUUGGACCUUGGACUUGGUAUACCUCCGCGUGGAGUUGUUGGACUAGAGGUGUUUUCUGUGCUGUGAACUUAGUGGGGAGCUGUAGCAGGAAGGGUUAGGUCCCUUCCUCCUUGGGCCGAGGGCCCCUUCCCCUUGGUGCUCUGUCCCAUUCACCUCCCUCCAACUGCUCCUGGGUUCUGCUCUGCCCCAGGUCAGCCACAGGCUGCUGGGAAGUGACGGGAAUGGGAAAGAGGGAGAAGCAAGCAGUGUGUGAGCCUCAGGAGCUUCCCCUCCCCACUCCCUUUUCCACCUGUUCCCUCUGCUUGAGCCAUGGGCAUUGAUUGCGAGCUGAGAGGAGUUGCAGCUGUUGGCAUGAAAUCUCCUUCUCCCUGACCUGGGGAGGCGAGGACCAGCAGAUAAUCCCAUCCUUCCUUGAGCUGUUGCUGUACCCUGACACUCUCAGCCAGCUCAAAUUUUAUACAAAUGAAUUAAAAAUCUCCAAACGUG